CAUUCCCACAUAUUUUUUUUUUUGAAACAGGGACGAUUGCAGCAACAACUCUGAUUUUGGUCUGAACGAUCCCGUUGGAUCCCAUGUUUCACAAGCCGAAAUGCUGUCCGCAACAGCUGCAAAGUGUCGCAGUUGCUGCACCCAGUGUGGGCAGUGAGCCUCAAACGUCAUUCCACGAUUUUCGUCUGAUUUGGCGCGCGUUUUUGUUGAACAAGCCACGGAGCUGCUAUAGUUUAGUUUCUGAUUUUGUUGCAUUUUGUCCAGUGUUUUCCGUGUUGCUUCUUCAUUCCAAGGCUUAUCGAAAUGAAAAAAUACGCCAAACUAUCCCGGCAUCGGAAACUAAGUAGCAACGCGUCGUCGGAUGAUCCGAAAGAGGUGACGCCGAUGGAUGAUGCUGCAUUCUCGGAAGCUAUGAUGCUUUCCCCAACAUCAUCGGCCAAAGAAAUGGUGCAAUCGCAGCAACAAACGCCAAAGAGGCAGCAAUUCAGACAGCCUAAAGCUUCCAGCAGUUGCAGCAGCGGUACGCAAUUGUUAUCCAGAGAACAGAUCUUGAGUGUGAAGCCAAUAUCACAAAAUACGCCCGUCAGCAGAUCUCCGCAGACUCGUACUUUGAUGAUGCAAUUGCAAACUUCGCUGAGUCCAAAAAUGACCGAGAUUCAGUCGAACGGCGAGCACCGGGUAAGUCGUUACGGGCGUCAUCAGAAACAGAAGGAGAACAUCAAUUAUGUUCCCGUUGAGCUGACCAAGUUUGUUUCUAAGUCACCGUCCAAGUUAAAAACCAAGGUAAUCGUUGAACCUUCCGCAACUCAAGUGGACGUUGAUGGGCCAGAAGUAAAAAUGCAAGCUAUCUCAUCAGAGAAGGUGCCUACGAUGGAUAAGGAGCACCAAUCCGAGUUGAAGGUUGGUGAUCGUUCAUCUUCCAAGAUAACUGUGAUAAAAGGAUCAAAUGAAGAUCUGCUUGGAAUGGAUGAAAUCAAAAUAAUCGGCAUGGAUGCAAGUUUCAACUCGAUCGAAGAGAGCGCUAUAUCCACCAAUCUGCUAGCCUCGCAAUCACUGCCGGAAAUAGAAAACAACGAAAGCCACUCUGGAGGCCUGGAGCGAUCAUCAGAUGGCGAUAGCGCGAAAGGCUCCUCCAUUAACUAUGACUGUGGAGGCUUUCUGGUAGGGGAUAUGUAUUGGGGCACACAAAGUAUGAAUCAUAUUCACUGGCCUUGCAUGGUAAUUCCGGAUCCCGUUACAAACCAAAUAACUCGAAAAGCGCAAAAGCAAACAUCAUCUGAAAGUUGGACCGAAGUACAUGUUGUAUAUUUCGCUGGCAAGGGACUCCGAGCAUGGUUGAAGGAUACGCAGCUAAUUCCAUUCGAUAGCACAGAGCAGUAUCGUCUCAGAGUGAUCAAUUCUGAGUUCGGACAGGUAUUGCGCGCCAAAAUCAAAAAAGCUAGCCAAGGCUGGCGUACAGCUUGUCGUGAUGCGGAAAGUUACUAUGCUAUGCCCGCCGAAGACCGUCCGGAACAUUUUAAAGAACAAAUGAAAGAACGGAAGCAACGUUCCAAGAUGAACAUGUCGCGGCAGCGUAAACAACUACAGAGAGCGACACCAGAAAGUCCUGCCUACGAACCAAUUCAAAGCACGUCGGCGAAUUCACACAAUCAUGAGCGAACGGUUACCCUCGGUCAUUCAUUUGAAGCAGAAUCGUCUAAUUUGUUAGAGAACAAUAUUUCUCGAUUUUUUCAAUCAAUGGAUCGAAGUAACACAAACGAAAUGAGCGUAACGGAAGGAUUUGAUCAGUUUGGUUACGAGACAUUGCUCAAAUUCACACGUGCAUUCUUAUUCGAAGAAAACAAGGAUAAAAAAGUCGAUGAAAAGAUCCAGUUGUAUGUGCAGCAAAUCUGUAGUCUCCGUCAUAAACCGUUUGGAACUGAGCGUACCAUUGCCCAGAGGAGCAUCAAAUCUCUACAGACUGCGAUUUGUGAGUUGCGUGCCCUGAUUCCACUAGAAAUUAGCUCGAGUAAUGCCCCCUCUUCAUCGUCUAACCAGAAAGCCCGUCGUUCAUCUCACAAACCGCAAAGCCUUGAGGAGAAAUUUCUCUUUCCUCUUGAGCGAAAUCUUCUGGUGAAAGGAUUACCGAAAGGCUACGUUUGCGAAAUUUGUCGCGAGCCCAACAACACCGUCAAGUGUUGCAAGUGCCAACGAUACCUUCAUGUGCAAUGUGUGACAAAGGAUAUCGUGAACAAAGAGAACACCGACCAAUUGAUGGAGGAGAAAAACUGGAUUUGCAACGACUGCGAGUCGUACGACAACGCUGAAGCCGAGAAUCGUGGAAAAUGUUUCAUCUGCAAUGAUAACAUGGCUAUAGAUGAGCCCAAGUACCGUUGUGUAGUCACCUCAUGUGCACAAUUGUAUCAUUUGUCCUGUUUUACUUUGUUCCCGCAGUAUCGUCAAAUGGAGAAGCAAAGCAUCGUUUGUCCCUACCACGCGUGCCAUACCUGCGUAUCGGACGAUCCGAAUGCUAAGGCUGCGAAUGUAAAGCAAACGUUGGUGCGGUGCAUCAAGUGCCCCUCGGCGUACCACCCGGAAAUUGGCUGCGUGCCUGCAGGAUCACACUUUAUCACCAACAAACAGAUAAUUUGUCCGAAGCACGAACUAGUAGAGAAAGCCCACAACGUUAACUGGUGUUGUAUUUGUUGCAAAACUGGAGACCUGUUGGUUAUGUGCGAUACCUGUCCUGUGUCGAUCCACCGCGAGUGCUUGAACUGUGAGCCGCCACCUCCCGAAGGAAAAUUCUAUUGUGACUUUUGUGUUGGCGGCUGUUACCCACUGUACAACGAAAUUGUGGUGGUCAAAAUGGGGCAAUACCGUUGGUGGCCUGCCUUGACGCUGGCACCACCCUUGGUACCUGACAAUCUGUUACAAAUGCCCCAUCAAUCUACGGAUAUUUGUGUAAAGUUUUUCUCUUCACACGACAUGGCAUGGAUUAAUCGUCGCCAAAUGUAUAAGUACGAGCAAGGAGACUCUCAGAACCUUGGAACAAUAAAGUCUGGCACGCUGAACAAGCAAUACCAUCAAGCAAUGCAGGAAGCCCACACGAUCUAUGUUGCGCUGAAAGAGCAGAAAAAAGGACAUCAGAUAGACGGUGGAGCUAUCGGUUCUCCGACGUUUACGAAAAUCUACAAAAACAGAUACACCGCCUCACUGAAGGAAUCUUCUCGUAGAUCACGCAUGAAGGAGGAAAACAUGGAUUCGGUUUGCAAUUGCAAAAAGGAUGAUGACGAUCCCUGCGGUGCUAGCUCUUCAUGUAUCAAUCGCCUUACUUUCAUUGAAUGCAACCCCGAAACAUGCCCUGCCGAAGACCGUUGCUCAAAUCAGCGGUUUGCUAAGCGUAUAUAUCCGGAGAUGGAAGUUCGUAAAUUUGAGGAUAGAGGACAUGGGCUGGUAACAAGGGAAGACCUCACAGCUGGACAAUUUAUCAUUGAAUACGUUGGAGAGGUGAUAAAUAAGAAAGAGUUCCGGCGACGGUUGGAUUACAUGCAGCAACAAAAUGAGCAGCACUAUUACUUCCUUGAAGUUGAUUCAGAAAUAAUCAUCGAUGCAGGGCCAAAAGGCAAUCUAGCGCGGUUCGUCAACCAUUCUUGUGAGCCGAAUUGUGAAACUCAAAAGUGGACGGUAGACGGUAUGCGGGUUAUCGGAAUAUUUGCGCUCAAGGAUAUCAAAGCGGGCGAAGAACUCACAUUUGACUAUUGCUUGGCAAAAUUCGGCGAACAUAGGCAGACAUGUCUCUGUGGAUCAGAGAAAUGCUCGGGCCAGAUUGGAGAAAAAUAUCGUGCACCGAAAGCACUGAGCAUCCGUAAGCGUCCGUUAUCAAGCGCAAAAUUGAAAACAAAAAUGUCUAAAAAGGCGAAAUAUGAGAAUGAAAAAUCGACAACGAUCGAUCAAGGCGACGUUUUUGCUGUGGACAACGUUCAAAUCAAAGAAGAGCAGAAAGUGAACGAUGAAAAUGACGAGCAGAUGUAACAAGAUUGUGUUUGCAUUCGCCAUGCUACAUUAUUUUAUGUUUGGACACACUUUUCUGUAGUGAGCCGGUUUUGUUUUGUUUUUUUUUUAUUAAAUUACUUAUGUUUGAAUAAAAUAAUGAAAUGCUUGCUAAUUCACUAAGAAUAUGAAACUGAAAUUGA